CGUCACUUCCCGCGACUUGUUGCACCGAUUGAGAUAGCUAUAGCAUUGAUACUGGAUUUAAAUUAGUGCAUCGAAGCAGAAGCAAGCACCUCAACCUACUGUAAAGACCCAAACAGGAUGUCAGCGCUGAGUGGAAAAGUCCAGACCGUUCUGGGUCCAGUGGAUCCAGACCAGUUGGGUCGAACCAUGACCCAUGAGCACCUCACCAUGACCUUUGAGUGCUGCUACUUCCCUCCACCGCCAGGUGACGAGGCAGUGGCCCAAGCCCCCCUGGAGAUGAAAAACAUGUUCUGGCUGAAGCAAAACCCAUACAGCAGCCGCGAGAACCUGCUGCUGCAACAGGAGACCAGCGCCGUGUGUGCCGAGCUGUUGACCUACCGGCAGGCUGGAGGGGGCACCAUCGUGGAGAACACCACCACGGGCAUCGACCGAGACCUGCCCACCCUCCGGCGGCUGGCUAAGGACACAGGCGUCCACAUCAUCGGAGGGGCGGGCUACUAUGUGGACUGCACCCACUCUGAGAGCACCAAGAAGAUGACUGUGGAGAAGCUCACAGACGUCAUCGUCAGCGAGGUGCUGCACGGGGCCGACGGCACUGACAUCCGCUGCGGAGUAAUCGGCGAGAUCGGUACCAGUUGGCCAAUCACAGCGAGCGAGACCAAGGUCCUGCAGGCCACGGCGUAUGCUCAGACCCAGCUGGGCUGCCCUGUCAUCAUCCACCCUGGGAGGAACCCCGCCGCCCCCACCGAGGUGGUCCGCAUCCUCCAGGAGGCCGGAGGUGACAUCAGCAAAACGGUCAUGUCUCACCUGGAUAGGACAAUAUUUGAUGAAGGAGAACUGCUGGAGUUUGCCAAGCUGGGCAGUUACUUGGAGUAUGAUCUAUUCGGAACAGAGAUGUUGAACUACCCCUACAAUCUAGAGGUGGACAUGCCCAGUGACAGUCAGAGAGUCAAGACCCUGGCGUUCUUAGUGAAGGAGGGGUAUGAGGACAGGAUCGUGGUUGCGCACGACAUCCACACCAAGAACCGCUUGACCAAGUAUGGUGGUCACGGGUACUCCCAUAUCCUGAAGAACAUCGUACCCAAGAUGCUAACCAGGGGCAUCAACCAGAACCAGGUUGACAAGAUCCUGAUUGAGAACCCCAAACACUGGCUGACAUUCAAAUGAAGGAUGAAUCUGUGAAACCUGAACAAGCCCAGAUAACGUUCUAAACUGACUUUGUAUAGUUAAAGUAAUCACAAUCAAAAAGUUUUGUACAAAACCAGUGUCAGAAAGAGAUUAGAGUCCUUGAGAAAUGAUCACAAGCAAAUAAUCAACAGCACAGUAUUGUUGAAUCACUCGUCUGUUUGCUGAGAGGGCACUCAUUUGUAGAAGAUAAUCACUAAUUUUUAUUUUCGAUAAUUGAAGCCAUGACUGAAUCAAAGAAAUUAUCAAAUGUUUUGAUUCAAACUGUACACAAAUCAACAAACCAGCGUUUGUAACCAGCGCUCUUCAAUAGCAGCAUUGAAUUUUCCAAUGAAAGGAAACAUUUUCAUUUCAAUAGCUUGAAAAGAGAUACUGAGAACAUUUUGUAUGUGGUUUUGCUUGUUAAGGCUUAGAAAUCAAGUGUAAUCUAGCAAGACAAAGCAAUUUCCUGCAAUACAAGCUCAGUUGGGCUGCAGGGGUGUCAGCACAUUGCUAAUUAAUUUUCUUUUUGAGUCCUUGUUUUGUUUUAGUUGUUGUUUUUUUGUCUGCAGUAAUGACAGCAAUAAACAGUCAGCAAACUU